CAAAAAGAAAAAAAACAAUGGGAUUAGAAUUGUUGAAAUUGCAAUUCUUACUAAUAUUCUUUGCAGCAACUUCCUGUGCCUCAGCAGAAGUGAGCAUCCCCCACCAAAUCCACCUUCUCCGGCCACAAGCUGGGGCGGCCGGCAGCAAAGUUACUGGGUUGACGUGCCUUAGUUGGCGAUUGGGUGUAGAAACUAAUAAUAUUGUUGGAUGGAAAACAGUUCCUGAGGAAUGUGAAGGAUACGUAGGACAUUAUAUGCUAGGGCAUCAAUACAGGCUUGACUCUAAAGCUGUCACCGAUGAGGCUUUUGUGUAUGCUAAAAGCCAUGUGCUGGCCGGAGAUGGAAAGGAUUUAUGGGUUUUUGAUAUAGAUGAGACUACACUCUCCAAUUUACCUUAUUAUGCUUCGCAUGGAUUUGGGGCAGAGCCAUACAACUUCACAUUGUUCAACAAAUGGGUCCUAACAAGCAAAGCACCAGCUUUGCCAGAAUCUCUCCAGCUUUAUAAAAGAUUGAUAGCUCUUGGCCUUAAGAUUGUUUUCAUAACAGGAAGACCUGAAGACCAAAGAGCUGCCACAACCGACAAUCUCAAGAAGGCUGGUUAUGGAGCCUGGCUCAAGCUUGUGCUCAAGGCAUCUUCUUAUUCUGGAAAGACUGCAGUUUUCUACAAAUCGAGUGAAAGGGCAAAGCUUGUGAAGAGUGGAUACCGGAUCAUUGGCAAUAUUGGUGAUCAAUGGAGUGAUCUCUUGGGGACUAAUACUGGCAAUCGAACCUUCAAAUUGCCUGAUCCAAUGUAUUAUAUUAGUUAAUUAAUUACGAGAUGAAAUCCUGACAACAACAAAUAAAAAUUUACAUUUUGCAA